GAGAAAGUUUCCUCAUCGACUGACAGCACUUAAUCUGAAGUCAGCAUCUGGAAAUCUGACACAAUGAGCCGUCCACAGGGCUACAUAGAAGACUCACUGAGGGUCACAACAGUAAAAUGUCUGAGGCUGAUGGAAUAGUGUACUCUGAUGUUAAGUUCACAAGACCGAAGAGAAACACCAGUGGGACCGCUUCCUCAGAGGCUGAACCCACAUACUCUGAAGUCAGGAUCUUGAAGACUCAUCCAUCCACAGAGCUCCCUGGUUCCCAACAACACCCAGUGUCAAAUGGAGGGUCAAAGGUCACACCAGAGAGAGUGGUCAUAGUAGUUCUCAGUGCUCUCCUGGCAGCUGCUGUCAUCGCUCUCGGCUUUACCUCUCUUGAUAACAUGCACACCAAGCAAAGUUUCCAGACUCUGAGAGACGAACUUGAAGCUGUGAAAAGAAAUCUCACAGAGAGACGCUGUGAAGUAAAAUCAUACAACACGGUGCAGCAAACCAGCCCACAACCUCCUGUAGUAAAAGAAAAUGACCCGCGUUCAAAAUGUGAACAUGGCUGGGAGCAGUAUGGAAGACAGUGUUAUUAUUUCUCCAUCGAUCUUUUAACCUGGAGUAAGAGCAGAGAUGAAUGCCGACAGAAAGGAGGAGAUCUGGUUCAGAUAGACAGCAGAGAGGAGCAGACAUUCCUGGAGCUAAAACUGAGAGAAAAAAAUAACUUUGAAUGGGUCGUGUUCUGGAUCGGACUGACAGACUCAGAGAAAGAGGGAACAUGGUUGUGGGUAGACGGCUCAUCACUGAACGAGAGUCUGACAUUUUGGUUCCCCGGUGAGCCAGAUAACUGGACAGGGAGAGAUUCUGAUGGAGCGGACUGUGUGAGGAUGGGAAAGAAAGCAGGAGCUCCUGAUCUGAAAUGUUGGUUUGAUCAAUCCUGCAAAUAUGCUUACAGAAGUAUUUGUGAGAAACCAGCAGAAACUGGACAUUUUACUCUUCACUGUGUCUGAAAUGUAGUUUAAAUAAAGUCUCAGCCUGUUAAACAAUCUCAGUACAGGAUACAGAAUUUGGAGCAGUUUUAUUUUUAUAUAUGUAAUGUUAAAAUAAAUGAAUAAAUAAGGAAAAUAUUAAAAUGCAGUUUGUUUAAUGUGCCCAACAAUACUAUUAUAUAUUAUAUCAUCAGACUAUAGUUACUCAUGUAUUAAUGAAAAAGCAGCUUUUUACUGACAUAGUUUGUUGAGGUGGAGCUUAUUUCUAACUGUAUAUAUCAUAUUAUUAUAUUAAUUACUGUCCAUAUAUAUGGUUAUUUUCACAAUUCAAUGUUUUUACAUGAAAAAUGACUUAAACCUUUAUCACCAGUUUAUUUUCUGUUAAUCGACUAAUCAUUUCUG